AUGCCUAUUCCCACGUACAGCAACCAAGACACUUCCAACACCCCCCCCACUGGCACCGCUGGCCAGGCGUCGCUUGAAACCCUUUCGUCCAUGAACAGCGCCGGCGGUCGUGUCCUCGGGACUGGAUCGGGUGGUACAGUCACGGCACCUGGGUACUCCUCUGCGUCGGAGGACAGACCAUUGAGCAAAGAGGAGGCGGAUCGGUUGUAUGAAGAAAGGAUGGAGGAGGAGGCCCAGUAUUCUGCUAUCACAGCGCCACAGAUUACUAUAGCUGGUGAAGUGUUCAUAUCCCCACAGGACCUGAAUGCUGCCAUUCGCUUAAACGAGGCUGUAGCCAACGUCUCGCAGGCUAUUGAGAGGGUCGAGAUCACCGGGGAGCAGAUCCUGCUCGGGCUAUACGAAAUCGGCAGGGACACUAUGGCCGAUUCUAGCAAGUUUAGACGGACUCGGUAA